AUCAAUGCCGUACAAGGAGAUGCAGUUUCUCUGCCAUGUGAUAUUUCUACGCCAGAUUCCAGUGAUAACGUGGUUUUAGUGUUGUGGUAUCGUGAAGAUUUGGGGACACCGAUUUAUAGUGCUGAUGCAAGAGAUCGGGACUUUUCCAUUGCCGAAAAGUGGUCGGACGAAAAAGUGUUUUCGAACCGAGCAUACUUCUUGGACGACAGGCAACCUGCAGAAUUGGGCAUCGAUCAUAUUCGCGAAUCAGAUCAAGCGGUUUAUCGAUGUCGUGUCGAUUUUAAAAUGGGCCAAACAAGGAACAGUAAAGUGAAUUUAACAGUAAUAGUGCCACCUACGAAAGUUGUAAUUUCCAAUGAAGAAACUGAAACGCUGUUAUCGUCUGUAGUCGGCCCUUUUCCAGAAGGGGCGUCGUUUACACUAAGAUGCGACGUAUACGGAGGAAAACCGCCACCAAAAAUUAUCUGGUUGAUUAAUGAUCAGCCGGUGGUAAAUGGCACCAAUAUCGGUGUCUCUUCAACUAUUGUAUUUCCAAAUAACUCCAGAGUGGUGAGCAGUGAGUUGAGAAUAGCAAACCUAAGCAGAAAAGACGUCCACUCAGAACUAACGUGUCAAGCAUCAAACAACAACAGAUCGCAACCACAUGCAGCUACUCUACAUGUCGAUAUGAACUUUGGUCCUUUAGAUGCAGUUUUGGGAUUUACGAAACAGCCACUUUCAGCUGGAAGGAGAUACGAACUUCGGUGUAAUAGUACAGGAUCAAGACCGCCGGCCACUAUAACAUGGUGGAAAAACGGUCAACGACUUGAAAGAAGCAAAGAUUUGAUUUCUACUGAUGGAAACACAACGUCUACUUUGACCUUCAUUCCAAAAAAGGAAGAUGAUGGCAAAUAUCUGUCAUGCAGAGCAGAAAACAAAGCAUUAGACAACGAAAAUAUGGAAGAUGGCUGGACGCUUGAAAUUCACUAUACGCCGGAAGCUCGGAUAAAUCUAGGGCUAUCCCUUAAUCCUAACGCAGUUCGAGAAGGGACUGAUGUUUAUUUUGACUGUAUUAUCAACGCCCAUCCUCCGGCUUACAAGGUCGAGUGGAGGCAUAAUGGAAAGCACCUCCAGGCCAAUGUGAAUGCAGGAAUCAUUAUUAGUAAUCAGAGUUUGGUACUACAAGGUGUUUCAAGAUCCACAGCUGGAAAUUAUACGUGCGUUGGAUACAACCUGGAAGGAGAAGGCGAAAGCAACUCGUUUUAUUUGAAUGUCUUGUACACCCCUACCUGCAAGCCGAAUCAGACCAGAAUUUAUGGUGUAGCCAAGCAGGAGAGAGCCGAAAUUGUUUGCCAAGUGGACGCAAAUCCCCCGGAGGUUCAGUUUAAAUGGACAUUUAAUAACUCGGCUGAUUCAGUGGAUGUGGCCCAAUCCCACAUCGCAAAAAGUGGAACAUCCAGUAUAGUCACAUAUACUCCAAUGACUGAAUUGGAUUAUGGAACGUUGUUGUGUUAUGCAGCCAAUAAAAUUGGAAUGCAACGAGUGCCGUGUGUUUUUCAUAUAAUUGCCGCUGGGCGCCCAGAUCAGGUGCAUAAUUGCACAAUUCUAAAUAUAUCAAUGACAUCAUUUCAAAUUCGAUGUACUGAAGGAUUUAACGGGGGCUUAACUCAAGCUUUUUUAUUAGAGAUCAGGGAGAGUCAAUCACAGGACAUGAAAAGCAACUCAACAUCUCCACUAGCUCGAUUUGUUGUUAACAAUUUGGAACCCGGUAUCCAAUAUCAUGCGGUAGUUUUUGCGUACAAUUCAAAAGGAAGGAGCGAACCUGUUAUUUUGCAAGCAUCCACCUUAAGACUUCCCGAGAAGCAACUAACUGCAGAAAGAGACUCACAGCGGUCCCCAUUCCGGUUCACCCCGUUAAUGAGUGUCAUAAUCGGCGUUGUUUCAGCUCUCCUCAUAGUCCUUUUAGUUGUAAUUUUGGUCCUUAGACUGCAGUGCACCCAGGAGGGCGAACAUCGCAGGAAACAACAGCAAAGGCAUAAAAAUGCGGUGGUAACUGGAGGCAGCUUGGAGCAUCGAGGAAGCGGCAGCGGGGCCACCCUUAGCGAUAAAGGAGGUGGAAGCCCCAUAUCUAAACAUGAAUCAAGUGGCGGUGAAGGGGAUAGUGAUGAGAAGAACCCUGAUAUUAUCCCUCAACCAGUAGAUAUAGACGAUUGUUCGGAUUAUUCCAGAAAAAAGCAACACGUUUCCACUAUUGAAACAUCUCCCAGCAGAAGCCUACUGCGUCAAGCUGGAAACUCUGGAUAUAUGGGAUAUUGUACGUUACGCAAUGGGAUGCCAUUGCACGAGCUAAAUGCACAAUCAAAACUGAUCCCUGGACCAGCACAAAUGAUUCCAGCAUACACAGCGUCGUGUACUUUGCCUCGACAGCCUCCACAACAGUGGCAGUACGGCCCUAUAAGUCAUUUGCCACCGGGUAUGUACCCUGUUCAGUACCGAGGCGUACCAGUAGCCCAACAAAGACUGAGAUCUACUCAAACAAGAGACCCACCUAUACCCCUUCAGCCUUUACCGGCAGCGCCUGAAGAAGAAACAUCUCCAGAAACUCCACUUAUGGCGAACAAACGCGAAAGUACCGUUUGACAAAUGACUGAAUUAUAAACAGAGUGGGAUGCUGAUUUAGUGUAGCUGAGAAACUAAGAAAACUUUAUAAAAGUGACAUACGAAAUCUAGUGACUUCUCGCAAUUUUGUAUCAUUUUAUAUCAGUAUUAAAAGUGACAGACAUAAUGCAACCAACUCGCUCUUCGCUACUUUUACGACACUUAUCUAAGACUUUCAUCUGAUUUAGCUAGAUUUUAUACUAAGGCAUGUGUUAAAGACCUGAUUUUCGUUCUUAGUAAGUAAGUAUGGUUAUUAAUAUAUUUGCGUUAUUGUUUUUAUAGCUUUCAAAAUAUAUCGAAAGGAAGGCUGGAAUUUUUACCCAAAAGUAAAUCAAUUUAACCCAAUUUAUUCAAAUCGACGUACCUUCAUUGUAUUCAUGUAAAGCGCAAUGCAAUAAAAAACUGUUUUUUUUUUCAUUUGUCUGAAAGAUUGACAAUAUUGUUGAGAAAUGCUAACAGGAAAAAUGCCUUUACUUCACUACUGAUUAUUUAGAAGCGUUGUUGUCUCAUGAAAAAUAUUUCUAAUAAUAAAUAUUGGGCAAAAGGACUUUACUAAAAUUGAUUAAAAUAUCCUCCAUUUCGAAUGACGUUUCAUUGAUUUUGGUAGUAAUCUUAUUAUCCGCAUAAAUACAAUUUUUUUUUCGGAACAAAUAUUCUCUAUAAGGCAAAAACGUUUCAAUAUAAAGCAUGCGGCGAGUAAAACUGUUUUAAAUUUGUUGCGUGUUCCAUAGCUAUUGAACAUUUUCAAAAACGCAACAAACGAGUUUUAUUCGACAACAACGCACAAUUUUGAAGAAAAGGAACGCUGGAAGUAACUUAAUUUGUUUGAAUCGAUCUACUUUGGGUUGAUGAAUAAAUUGGUAAAACCAUGCCGCAUCCAGACUCUACAUAGUAUUCAAUCAAUUUUAUGCAGUCUGGUAGGCAAACUUGCUAAUAAAUAAAUUGAGCGAAAUCAUAUAGGACUAAAUUUGACUGUGUUAAUAAUCGAAAAACAAAUAGGAUUUUUGGAUAAACUGUCGGCGGCAAUUACCUUCCGCUGACUACAACUAAUUCAUGACUGAUUCAUGCAAAACUAUACAUAUACAAAAUAGAUUACAAUCGAAGACAGGCAAAUAGAUUUUGACGCUGUUAACGGAAGCUGCGAGUUCCAGAUCGACUUAUUUACAUCUGACCUGUUUCCUUCUAAUACAGGAAUUAUCUAUUUCUAACAGUAAAUCAUCGUUUCCCAGAACUGCUUAGGACAAGUCUUUCCACUCGAAAUUAAUGCUGAUUAUAUUGUUUUAUUGAUCCACUGUUACGCGAUUUUAGCUAUUAAUUACCUAUUUCGAAAGACUUGUUAAUUUUAUGGAGGAAUAUUAUAAGACGAACUCAAUAAAAGCCCAAUUUACUAUUUCGACUGUAAAACAAUACACAUUUCUAUCUUUAUAAUGGAUAAAUAACACAGUCACGAAAUAAUUUCAUUGGGAUUUUUAAAGGCCUUGCAAAUUAAGUCAUAAUUUGUAAAACCUUUGAUGAAAACUAGUCCAAUAAUGUAUUAAUGUAAGAUCGCCCGUAAAAGCAUGAUAGUUCUAAGUUAAAAAACUCGAAAUUCUUUUUAACUAGACUCUGAAACAAAAAACCUAAGCCAAUCCUAAAUUAUCAUCCAAAUCAAUCAUUGUGUAACAAUAAUGUUUCACCACUAGUACUUUAUCCACUUAUCCGCUGUAGGGAUUCAGAAAAAAUAUAUUUUUGCUUGUUCACAUUCUUUUAAUUUUAAAGUUUGUCUACAAACGAGGUAAAUUAUCAUCAUCGUAAAUGUCAUAGUUCCAGAGGGAAAAUAUUUAAGAUAUAACAGGGUCUAUCUAUUUAAUAAAAAUAUAACCACCUUUUAAGGACUGAAGAAAGUUAUACAAAAUAAACAUACAACAUUAAACUAAAAUCUCGACAAUUGACUUAUUGACAUUAUUUGAUAGAUUAGACAAAAUUGAGACUGUCCUUUAAAAAUCGUAAUAAUUUUUUUAGUUUUAGGAGAAUUCCAAAUGGGUCGCUCAUAAUGUCUGUGCUAUUUUCACAUGGUAAAUUUUUCUAAGAUUUUAACAUAUCGGUGUGCGAGAGAUUUUCUUAGCAAAAUUAAAAUAUUUUUAAUAUCACCCGAUUUUCAUGUCUUUCGACAAAUCGCGUUUCUCAAGCUAAUUGAAUUAGUUUAAUUUGUUAAACUUUACCAAUACGUUUUCGUAAAAUAUUUCCACGCUUUGUUAUGAAAUAUUCGUUAUCAACGCGCGAUUCAAGUAUGCGAUUUUAUGUACGUUAAUCUGAAUUUGUAGAUAAACCAAAUUAAUUGUUAACUAAACAAUUUAAUUAGAGCAAUUUGUGCAUGUUGGAGAAUAAGAAAAGCAAGUGGCAGUUGAUUAUUCAUUAGAAACUUCAUAUAGUAUAUUAAAGGUUUGUAAAUUGAUACUGUAAAUAAAAUUUAUAAUUAGCUAGUUUAUAAUUAAAGUAAAUGUGAUAAUUUAAAAAAAAAUCAUUAAUUAAUAAAAAAUUCGGUAUAUUGUAAUAAUAAAUCAGAAGACCGUAUGACAUAUAAUUUGUUCAAAAUCACGCAGCAUCUUGUUUUUACCUAUAAGUAGUUCAUCUUUACAGUUACCAUUA